GCCGCGGGACCCGUCGUGGCGGUGCAGGCGCUUGUGCAAAGAAAGCGCCGCCGCAAUGUCUACACCGAAGUGCAGGUGCAGGAGCUGGAACGCUUUUUCCUGCGGGUUCAGUACCCCGACGUGAUUGCGCGUGCCCAGCUUGCAGAACGCCUGAAUUUGGCUGAAGCCAAAGUGCAGGUCUGGUUCCAGAAUAGAAGAGCCAAGUGGCGACGCCAUCAGAGGGCACAAAUGCUGAGAAAUAUGGCUCCUGUUGCUCUGGCACCCCAUAUGGGGCUAUACUUCAAUGGGCCUUACAAUGUUGUCCCUGUCAUGCAGCAUCCAUGGAGAUUUUUUCCUAUGGUUCCACGCCCUAUUGGGCCAGCACCUGCACCACCACCAUACCCUCGGCCACCUAUGCCUGUGCCUAUGCCUAUGCCUAUGCCAAUGCCAAUGCCUAUGCCAAUGCCAAUGCCUAUGCCUAUGCCUAUGCCUAUGCCUCCUGGGGUCCCACCCAUGAUGCCUAUGCUACCCAGGCCACCUGUAAUGCAUGUACCACCCUAUGGCCUGCCUCCUAUGCCAUGGGCCCCUUAUUUCAAUGGUCAUUUGCCAGGUCACACUUUCUAGAGUGUAAUAUUCAUGAGAGUUUUUCUUAAGUUUUUUUGUUAGAUACCAGUUUUGUAUAAUCAAGUUAUUCAGAGUGAGUCAUCAAAUUCCUAAGAGGUGAAUUAUGUAAGCAAACUAGAUGCACUGUUGUUUUUUGUAGUUCCAGACUGUAUUUUCAAUAAAGAUGACAAUUAACACU